AAAAUGUGUUGCAUUUUGCAAUGUACUCAGUGAAGCAUCAUUGGUUAAAUUUUCAAAUGUUGAUAUGCAAGUUACAAUGUGACAUUUUUCUUUGGAAUGAAAUCAGAUCACCAACUGUUUAUUCAUCUGCCAUGCUUUUAAUUGUUUGAUAAACGAAACGAUGUAUUUUAAAAAUUACUUUUACUUCCUCUUAUUUUUGUUAUUUUGGAAGCGAUUUGUAGGAUGCUUUUCUCCUGGCUUUAGCUCUUAAUCUUCAAUAAUUAUUAUUAUCAACUUGGCAAACAUGAGGUAUUUGGAAUCGG